UCCACUAACGGCGCUAGGUCUUCCUUAAUAAUUAUAUUUUAUUUUAAUUAUGGCUGCUUUUUUUCCCGUCUAAUUUUACAAGAGCUUUCUGGAAUCUGGAUCCAUUCAAAGACCAAUAACUGUCAUUGAUCUGUCCGGCAUGUGUGAGACUUUGCGAAGACAUAUCUAAGUCAAGAUAUUACAGAUUAAUUAAUUCCCAGUUGGCAAAAAAAAAAAAACAAAGAAAGAAAGAAAGAAAAGAUAAUCCAGCGUAUUUAUCAAGUAGAAUGGUUGGAUAAAUUAAGACGAAGCACAACGCAACACGUGGAGCGUACAAGAUUCGAGGGGAAAAUUGUUUAGUGGAUGGGAACGGAAAGCUUAUAAAGCUUGCCACGCAUAUCGGAAGUCCCUCCUGAAUCGCCACGUGCGCAGAGGCAUGCAGAGCAAGAGAAGCCAGAGAAUGGCGUGUAUAUAAACACGAAAAAUGAGGAGGAAAACCACAUGAGGAAGGAAAACAAUGGAGAAGCAAGAAGAUAGGAAGACAGAUGCGAAAGGGGAAACAGGGGAACCAGGACUUGAAGGGCUUCCGAUGCAGGAGAGUCCUUACGUGAAAUACAAGGACCUUGAGGAUUACAAGAAUAAAGGUUAUGGCGCCGAAGGCCAUCUCCAACCACAACCUGGUCGAGGGCCUGGUGCUACUGACGCUCCCACUCUCUCUGGUUCUGCUGUUUCCUCUGAGGCAGAAUCCAAAUUCGUCGAUGCCGUUCAUCGCCAGGGAGGCCUUUGAUUGAGCUCCUUCUUUCUUUGUUCAAUAAUAAGAAACAGUUUCUCGUCUCCUUCUUGGUUAAUUACUCCUUGUAAUUUGUUAGGUUUCACUUUUAUAAUUUGCUUUUACCACUUUCAUUCGCUAUAUGACAGGGCGUAUGCUUCAAUAAAAGCAUUUUUCAGAUUAAGAUCAGCGCUCGUUGGAUAGACGGUGAAAUUGAAGGCAUCCAAAAGUCUUCCCUGGAAUUUGUUAGAAAUUAUUUAAAUUACCCUCCUUCGACUUUUGACUCGUUAGUUUGUCUUUAAUUCAGGCAUACUUCUAUUUCUGUCUCGAUCAAUUCAUAUAUAUUAAUCGUCAAUCUAUAUUACUUUGAAUUAUACGUGUAAUUUGACGGCUGAUAAUUACUCUCAAGAAUUAGCCAGCAACAUUCUGCCGUUUUAUCAAAUUUUCGCCUCUCGUCUCAUUUCCCAUUCGCCAAACGAGCAAGGCAAAUUUUGGAUUUGGAUGCCUUGGAUUUCAUUCCGUCCGUCGAUGAAGCCUUACUACAUGUUGCUCGAGAUCAGAUUAUAGGCCUAGAACAUCAUAUUCCGAGCUGUGCGGAUCAGCUGCUACGUCAAAGGAGGUGUUUGGUUCAUGAUUUUAAAAGAACACAAAAUUUUGUUUCAAUUUGCGCGUAAACAUAUUUUUUAGAAGUAUUUUUGUUGUUGUUGCUAAGUAGGAUUAGCCAAUCUUGUUCGAAGUACUGUCAGGCAUUAAAUGCGGUAAUCUCUCUCAAUGAGGAUUUGAACAUUGCUUCCUCAUAUUAUGAGGAACCUGUCUUUUUUACUAGACCCAAUACUAUUAGUUUUUAAAAGUGUUUUUGAAAAAUAAAUGCCCUUCAACUUUUAAACCGGCCCUAAUUGCCAUUUGGCUGGGCCUUUUGAAAUGUUCAACUCCGCAGACUACCCGAUGAGGCCGAUGCAAUUGGAUGCGAUUUUCAGACAAAAGAAGCAAAUGGAGUUUUGUGUGAUUGGAAGGUCUUAUUCCUACGUCUAAUAAAAGAUCCUUCUGGAUGAGUAUCCUCAAUGUAAGAAUAUUUUGCUCCUAAGCCUUCGGCUAUGUGCAAUUGAAUGGACUCAUCCGCAUUUGGAUA